AUAGCUGCGGAAACAGACAGAGUUCAAGCCUCCAGAGAGACAGAGAGCUGGUACAGGAAGGAAACGAGGUCCGCCUCACAGAGACGUAAAAGCGGAGGGGAAAACAGCAGAUGAGGGUCAGUGGGGCUUUCCAUUGUGUAGGAUCAGAAAAAGUGAGGAGGGAAAAGAAAUCUGCUGCCAAAGCCAAAUCAUACGAGAAAGAGAGAAGAGCGUGUUUCAUAGUAAACAGAGCUGGAGUUUAAUCAGAGAGUGUAAAGGGAAACUGAAGGCUUGAACUUCUGCAAACAACUUAAAGGCUGUGAUCAAACGCAGACUAAUGGCAAAUAAGGAUUGCAACAAUGAGAGGCAGUAUUUUAAAGAUGGGAAAUGCUGUGACAAAUGUCCUGCAGGAAAAUUCGUAAAGGAAGACUGCAAUAAAACAAAUUCUACAAUCUGUAGCUCUUGUCCCGAAGGGACGUUCACAGAGGAUUGGAACAACCUCAAACAAUGUAUUAAGUGUACAAAAUGCAGAGCUACAAACAUACAGAAGAUUAGUAACUGCACCACUGAGAGGGACACAGUUUGUGAGUGUAAGUCAGGUUUCUACUCGCUGUCGGAGCACUGCGAGGACUGGACCAAGUGCCCUGUGGGUGAAGGAGUCAAAAAUCAACCUACUUCAAAAAGUGACACAGUCUGUGCUCCAUGUGGAAAUGGGACCUUUAGCAAUGUCACAGAUUACUUCUCCCCCUGUAAACAGUACACCAGAUGUGACAGUGGACAGGUGAAGACUCCAGGAACCCCAAAAGCUGAUGCCAUUUGUCACUCCAAAUCUCCAUCUGGUUGUUCCUGGGUACUGCCUGCAAGCCUGUGGGCCGGAUUCGUGUUGACCAUAGUGGUCGUGGCAGCUUUCCUUUUAUGGAGAACAAAGCGUAGAUCCUACAGAACAGGCAAUGUUAAAAUGGAGGAGAUUUUUUCUAAACAGCCUGCUCCACCAGAGCUUCUGUCUCACUGCCAAGACAGCUGCGGCGUCUGCAUAUCACCCCAGCCUGAUUUAGAUAAUCCUGGAAUCAUCAACGUAGAUGAAAGCUUGGUCAGCAGCUGUACCAUAUGCCCGCUGCAAUCGGAUUGCAACACAUCCACCACACAAUACUACACCAAAAACUUCCUCAGUUUUCCCUCUGAGCCCCAGGAGGAUGAAUGGUGGGGUUUUAAAAGCAGCCAGAAAAAGGACACCGACUGAUGGAGCCAUUUCUGGCUAAGAAAUAUCGCAGUGACUGUUUAUAAACAUGGAGCAUAUUUUACUUUCAGUUUAGGUUGGCAUUACUUAUAGUUUUCUGCCACCUGCAGGACUUGGGUGAAAACUUCAGAUUAUGUAAUGAAGUAUUUCUCAAAACAGCUGAUUGUGAGUAAAAAAAGCAGAAAUUGUAGUUUAGGAUAGAUUAAGCUCUACAGAACAGGGAUAAACAGAUUAUUUUAGCUAAAAAAAAACACUGCCUUGUAUAGAUUGUAUAUGUCUUUGUCUUUAACUUUCCCUGUUCGCUGCUGAUUCAGAUGAUGAACUGCAAACACACAAUAGCACUCUGAGAAAUGAGAAACAGCUGUGUGGACAUGGGCGAAUCCCUGAAUGAUAUUCGUUUUAUUUUUUUCCAACAGUUUACUGUAAUAAUAUCACCUACAAGAUGUUUUCAAAGAUGCAGGGAAACUGUAAAAAGGGCUACAUGUCAAACUCUUAAACAUGAUGGUGUUUUUUUAGAUUUAGAGAAACAAACCAAUCAGUGAAUCUGUGUAAGUUUGUUCCCUGCAGUUUCUGACAAACCUGAACUCAAUGACAGAUUUUCAGCAAUUGUUCUGAGUCCAUUCAUUGAUCCCCACCUUACUUCACGUGUCAAUAAAAUUGUUCUGCUAAAUAGGUAAACAGGCAAUAUCUUACCUUGGGCAGAGAAGUCAUGGCUUUUUCAUUGCAUCUAAAUACUGAUUAGCUUUUUUUUCUGAAAGAUGUAUUCAAUAGGUUGUCAAUAAAAACGGAAAAGCAGA